CUUGGUGAAAAUAAACAGCUGCUUCUCUGCUAGCUCGGGGACAGAGAGCCAUGUCUGGCGCAAAGCAGUGCCUCUCUGCAGGCUGUAGUGGCUGGAAGGUGCUGUGUGGUGCCACCAGGACCCCUAUCAACAUCAGAUAUAUCAGUAGUGUUAAAGCAGGCUCGAGGCCAUCUGAGGAAGAGCAACUCUGGGAAACGGCGGCAGCUCUGCCUUUUUCUGCAGCCAGGCUUGGAUCGUUCUUUCAGGACCGACCUGUGCUCAAGAACCCUUUUCUGGAGGAUGCCCUUUUGAGGGGAUACUUGAGGAGACACCUGCCUCACGAGGCAGUGUCUGCAGAUUUGUGUGCCUUUGGCGAGCGUGUGGCGACGGAGGUAGAUGCGUGGGGAAGAGAGUGUGAAGUCAUUCCCCCUCGAUUGGUGCACUUUGACCCUUGGGGACGCAGGGUGGACCACAUUGUGACCUCUCCAGCAUGGAAACGCAUGAAAGAUCUGUCAGCGCAGGAGGGAUUGGUCGCGAUCGCUUACGAGAGGCCGCAUGCAGAAUGGAGUCGGGUUUAUCAAAUGAGCAAGUUGUACAUCUUCUCCCCCUCGUCUGGCCUCUACACUUGUCCUCUGGCUAUGACUGACGGAGCUGCCAAAGUCAUACAGUCCAUAGGCAUUUCUUGGCCUGUACAAGAAGCCUUCAACCGACUAACUAGCCGUCAGCCUGAACAUUUCUGGACAUCAGGACAGUGGAUGACAGAGCGACAAGGAGGUUCUGAUGUAGCCGGUGGUACAGAAACAGUGGCAGUUCCCCAAACAAAUGGUUGGUACAAACUUUACGGCUACAAGUGGUUCACCUCCGCUACCGAUGCAGACAUGACUCUCACACUAGCCAGAGUGUGUGACCAAUCAGGAAAAACCACACCGGGCAGCAGAGGUUUGUCCCUGUUCUACGCGGAGGUCAGUCGAGACCGUAAUGGCUGUCUGAGAGGGAUUGAGGUUCAGAAGCUGAAGGACAAACUGGGAACCAGACAGAUGCCCACAGCCGAGCUUCUUCUGGACGGCCUACGAGCACACAGGCUGUCAGAAGAAGGAAGAGGUGUGGCCUCCAUUGCGAACAUGCUAACUAUAACCAGAAUCCACAACAGCAUCUCUGCAGCAGCAGCAAUGAGAAGGGUGGUCCAGUUAGCGCGUGACUACUCCACUCGCCGCACCGCCUUCGGAAAGCAGCUUAAAGAGCACCCGUUGCAUGUGCAGACACUCGCCAGGUUGGAGGUCGAGACCCGUGGCGCCUUCCUCUUGGUGAUGGAUGUGUGUCGGCUACUGGGACGAGAAGAGAGCGGCGUCGCCACGCAGCUUGACGCUCACCUCUUACGUCUGCUCACACCCGUUGUCAAACUAUACACUGGCAAACAGGCAGUCGCUGUGGUGUCAGAGGGUUUGGAGAGUUUUGGCGGGCAGGGCUACAUUGAGGACACCGGGCUACCUGUCCUACUUCGAGAUGCGCAGGUGCUGAGCAUAUGGGAAGGUACAACAAAUGUUUUGUCCCUGGAUGUGCUGCGAUGUGUGGCUCGAAGUUCAGGGAUGGUUCUCCGUGCUUACUUCACUCAUGUCAAAACCCUGCUUGCAGGAGCUUCCAGUGUGUCCUCUCUGGAUCCAGCUGUGAGAGCAGUAGAUGGGGCUCUCUCUCAACUAGAAGGCUUUAUCCAGGAGGCAGCCACUAGAAUGCCAGGCUACCUGGAACUUGCAGCCAGAGACUUGGCAUUUACCCUGGCUCGCAUCUAUAUGGGUGCCCUUCUCAUUGAUCAUGCAAGUUGGAAUGGAAGGUCUCAAGCUGAUGUCUAUGCAGCACUCAGGUGGUGUGAACAAGACUUAUGUGUGGUGGCAUCAAAUAAGACAAGAGGAUACUACGAUGCCACUUCAGCAGGAGUUGAUUCAGCUCUUGUGUAUGACCAGGAAACGGAGGGUGGACACUGAUACAUAUUGUAGGCCACUGUACCUCUAACUUCAGCUUUGUUAAUUAAUAUAUCACAUACCCAGAGGUGGGUAGUAACACAUUACAAUUACUCCGUUACAUUUAGUUGUGUAACUUUUUGAGAAAAAAUGUACUUCUAAUAGUAGUUUUAGCAAGCCAUACUUUUUACUCAUACUUGAUUAGAUUUGUGAAAAACUACGCUACUUUUACUCUGCUACUUUGAGCUACACUAGUUGUUACAUUUUUCCUCUUUAUUCUACAUAUAAGAUUUUAAUUUUAAUCUAUCUCCCAGUUUUUAUUUGGCACUGAUUGACCACGGAAAACCGGAGUAUGAUCCUUUUAGUUUCAUAUUAAAAAUGUUUUCUCCACUAGAGGGCACUCAUGCUCCUUGAACGAAUCACGCUUACCGAAAUUUUGGCACUAUAGGCAGGGGUUAACUUGUGCCGGAUCCUUCUGGAACAAGAUCCGGCACCUCUUGAUUUUGGCAUCCCUGUGUUCCGGGACUUAUUUGGGCAGAUCUGGCACCUCUCGUGUAUGGAAAAUCAUAAUAAUAUAAAAAUGUUUUUUAAAAAAUGUAUAAAAUUAAAUAAUAAUAUCCAUAAAUUAAUUUACAGGACAAAUUCCAAGAAUUGCAUGUUGUUCAUAAAAAAUGACCAUCAUUUGAAAAAGUCGGAGAUUUGUUGAUGCACUGAAAAGCUGGACCAAUAAAUUACGCCCCUGACAAAAAAAUGGAUCAAACUGUAUUUCAACAUGCCAAACAGAAUGUAAACAAAAGAAUGUAAGUUGAAUUUACUGUAUUUUUUUUAAAAAAGAAGGAAGAUGGUUCAAAACGAGUCAGAAAAGCAAUAACCGGCGAUGAGGGCAGCUGCAAUGAUCAUGCUAACGGUCAGGACGGGGUGCAGCAGGAGGCUAGCGUCGCAGCAGCUAGCCAGGUUCACGGACAGCCAGCCAAGCCGGGGCAGGAGGCUGCUACCAUGGCAGCAGCUGGUCAGGUUCAGCGCCACCCGGAGUGAGGGCCAGCUACAGCGCCAGCAGUCAGCCAUUUGGACCACCAACAGCCGGAUCAGCAGGCUAGUACCCUUAUGGAAAAUUCGGGUUUGGACUGCACAAUUUGCAAGGUUGUAGGAACUUUGGGGCCAGAGAAGACGAGGGGGGGAUGAAACUCGCAAAAGAAUGGGUUUGUGUUAUUUAUUGUAAUCUAUGAUUUUUUUUUAAUGUUUUACAAGUUAGGCCUGUUGAGAAACUAAUUGCUGACUGUGUACUGUAAGUCCCACCUGUGCUUAUCUGGGCAAUUGCCCGUACUGUGUAGCGUAUAGCCUAAAAAAUUGUAAAUUGAUGUCAUAACAUUUAUACCAUGGAUGUUAUCUGAAAUUGAGGCUUGUAAGUCCCACAGCAUGCCAAGUGGGCAUGUGCGUGUUGUUUUCAGUAUCAUUUUCUGCGUAUGUUCCGGGGCAUGUGCCUGUCUCGUCAUCCCUGCGCUGUCAUAUGUACUUUGCGUUCCGGCACUUUAUGAUUUACAAAUUACGCACUGACUAUAGGGUGCACCUGACUAAAACCCCCCACCCACCAAAUUUGACACGAAAACGGCAUUUGUUCAUACAGUAGAUAAAUCGCACUGGACUAUAAACCGCAGCUGUCCUCACUGUAUUAUGAGAUAUUUACACUAAAAGAUAUAAUCCGAUAACACUUUAUUUGACAGCGGCAUCAUAAGACAUGACCGAAUGAACCACCAUGAAUCAUUGUUUCAAGAAGCUUCACUGUUCUCUUGAGGGAGACAUUCAACCUCUGCUGCCACCUGCUGUAAACACUGUUGUCGUCCAACAUGCCUCCUAACAUGUAUUGUAGCGAUACAGAUGUAAAUAACAAAUCAAAAUUCAUUUUCUCUGCUAAUUAUUUCUUCAGUUACUGUUCUAGUUGUUUCAUACAUUGCUAGUUAUGGAAUUAGACAACACUUUAUUUGAUAGUGGUGCCAUAAGAAUGUCAAUAGACAAUCAUCAUUAUGACAUGACACUGUCAUGAGGAUUAAUGAAUGCUUAUUAUAGAUGUCAUUUGGUGCCAUCCGGCAAAUUAUCUCCCUUUUGAACGGAUGUAAAAGUUCCAAAUUGGACAUAAAUGGAGUUAGUGACCAAAUUUGCCAGAUGACACUUAAUGACAUCUGUCAUAGGCAUUCAUUAAUGCCCAUAAUAAUGUCAUGUCAUAAUUAUGACAGUCUUACGGCAGUCUUAUGACGUCGCUGUCAGAUAAAGUGUUGUCUAUUAACCCAAAUAUAUCAACAAAUAAACAGCAAUGGAUUAUAAGACGCAGGAUUCAAAAUGAGGGAAAAAGUAGCGGUUUAUUGUCCAAAAAUUACGGUCAUUUCUGUAGAUUUUUUUUCUCUUGUCGGAAUUCAAUGUUUUCUUUUUUGUGUGUUUCUUUGGCUUAAUGUGGUUAUGUAAUAUUAUAUAGUACAAUAUGAUAAAAGUUCAUAUUAAUAAAUUGUGCUGAGGAAAAAUGCCGUUGGCAAGAUCUACCAUCUUAAGCAGUUACUCACAAUGUUACAUGUUACUUGAGCACAGUAUUCCUUUCACCAAAUACUUUUUUACUUGUACUUGAGUACAUUUUUUUUUUCGUGACUACUUUUACUUGAGUAAUAAUAUUUGGAAGUAACGCUACUAAUUUUUGGCUACUCUGCCCACCUCUGCUCAUACCUUUUUAACAAAUUAAAUCCAAAUUUAAUUGCAUAGCAAAUCUGGUAGUUAAAUGGUGACGUUGUUCAUAAUCGUGGUGCCUUAAAAACUUUGAAAACGUGGGCAUAGUAAAAGAUGUGCCACCGUAACAACGUUUUAAUAAUUGAGUUUUUCCAUUUCAUAUGUCGACCAUGUUGUUGGGGUAUUUAGUUGUAUAUAUCGUGUAUAAUUUUAGUUUCGUAUUAAAUCCUGCUCAAUGCUUUUCAAC